UCCACCUGAUUCAGUCGCUGCAAGAGGGAGAUAGCUAUAUCAAUAUCAUGGAGAAAGAGCAUUUUUUCUAGUAUGGAGUUUGUGAGCCAUAUGGAUUGACCUGUAGAUGUCAGAUUGUCCUCUCACUCAGUGGGGUGACAGAGAGUGAAUAUUGGCUACAGUUUAGUAGAGAGAGAGGUCGGAGAGAUUAGGUCAGGGGACAUGUGGGUCAUUGAGAAUGGACGAGGGCCAGAGCCUUGCUGGGGGAACAGACUGGACAGAGAACAGCAGGACCAGAAUAACCAUCCUACCAGGCUCCUUGCCAGGACCAGACGUCCAGUCAACACCAUCACCUGGCAACAUGGCUCCUGCUCAGCACUCCACCAGGACAGGCCACCUUGUUAUCUGUCCUUUGUCAGUAAGGCCAUCUUGUGGGACCGAGGACUCUACCACUACACAGACCACACUGUCCGUGAUGGACGUCCUUCUCUGUGUCCUCGUUUCCUGGUUCACAUGAAGGCCUGUCCUGCAGACCUCAGACACCCACGUUUCCUAUCCAGUAUCCCCAGGCCACGGCCUCCUCGCCAGGAACAGACACAACAAAGACAAGCCCUUAGCGCACUAAAGACUCAUUCAUGUGCAGACUCCAGGAUCAGGAGCCUGCAGCACUGCAGCACCACCAGAGGGAGGCGCUUAGCUGUUGUUGUUCCCUGUGUUCCAGUGCCAGUCUCCCCCUCUCCCAGCAGAUCCUCCCCUGAGCUCCCAGUCUGCCCAAGUCCAACAUCCCCCACUGUCACUGACUCUGGGCAGCAGGGGACUGGACCCAACCCUGCUCCAGCCUCAGCCCUACCUCACGUCCAUACUCAGAAAGGGGAGAAGGAAACAGAGGAUGGCGUUAAAGAGAUGGGUGAAGGCCCUUCGGCUUCCUCAGGGGCCUUCUGCCCUCCAAGGCCAGACCAGGAGCCCAAUUCUGGUCCUGAGGACAUAGACCCCUCAGGGUCUCCAGUCCCUAGUGUCUGUGAGGGUUCUCUCUCAGACUUCAGCCGCCCGCCAUCCAGCCAGUUCAGCCGCAGCACAGACCUGGGUAGUGGCCAGAGCAGUGCUCUAUGUGCGAAUCUGAGUGACCUGGACUCAGAGGGUGGAUCUCCUCUCUCCCAGCUCUGCUCCUCUUCCAUGUCCCUGUCUGCUUUGGCCUCCUGCACCCCACAGGACCUCCCAACACACCAGCCCCCAAACCCAGCCCCUCACCACCUUCUCCACCAUCCAGUCCCUCACCAGGCCCAACACUGCCCACCUGACUGGACCACCACGGAGCCCCAGCCAGCCCAUGUCCUCCCUCCUUACCCAGACCCAGACCCAGUCCCUGGACCCCAACCCAGACCCUACUACCCUAGCUUUCCCCUCAGACACCUGGCAGUCCUGCCUCAGCCCACAGUGCAGGAUAACUCCCCGGCCAGGGUCAGGGUUAGGGUCAGGUUUGACUUCAUCUCCUGUGGGGGCGGAGAGACAGGACUGGACGUCACACCGCUGGUCCGUCCUUCCCCCAAUCUCUCCUGUCAGAGAUGGCAGUGACACAGUGUCAUCCCGGUCCCGCUGUUCUCAGAUCAGCUCUAGCCAGUCCCAUGUGUUUGAUGAACUGGAAGCCAUCGCCCCCCGGACAGGCUCCUGUCUGUCCCUAGACCACCCACUCAGCCCAGCAGACUGCAGCCCAACUGGUAUAGGUACAGUACAGAGCACCCACAUUAUGUCCAGCAGAUCAUAUAAAAUACCACUGAUGUCAUACCUGUCAAGGGUCUACACAAUGAUUACAUCAAAAAUGUGCGCUAUAUUUAGGGUAAAAAUACUGUACAUGUGCCACUCGAACUGUAGAAAAAUAAUAAA